AUUUGCUUCUGCAACCCGUAUUUAAAUGUGCUUAUUAGAUUGAAUUUAAGCCCUCGUAAUUCAAAUAUCGUCUACUACUGUCUACCUUGCUAGGUGUAAAACAGCGCUGUGAGCGACUCAUAAAUAUUAUGAUUGUUUAUAUUGAUUGUAAAACGAAGUCUGAAGGGGGCGUUCCGGAAUGGGCGAUAGUGGAGCUACAGGGUCUCAUACAGACGAAAAAAGACAAUUUAUCCGGACCUACUACGGUCGGUGAUCUUCACUACUUCACCAGAAACCGACAUCCAGUCCUCAUAUUAGGUCAUCACGUGCUAAAUGGAAAAGAAACAAAACUGGAACAGCCAAUGGCGGUGCUCGAGAAAGUUGAAGAGGAUGGUGAAAUGCGGUACCAGGUGAAGGCUGUCGUUAAAAAGAAGUUGCUUUUUAAAUCUAGACCCAAACCAAUAAUAUCAAAUGUCGCCGAACGCGUAUGAUUAAAUUAUAAAUAUGUAUAAAAA